AUGAGUUUGGUGAUUCCUGACAAGUUUAUUCAUAUUCUUCGAGUGAUGAACACGAAUAUUGACGGAAAUCGGAAAGUUCCUUAUGCUUUAACAGCUAUCAAGGGAAUCGGCCGACGAUUUGCUCACGUUGUCUGCAGAAAAGCUGAUAUCGACAUAAAUAAGAGAGCAGGAGAAUUGAGCGAUGCAGAGGUUGAGAAAUUAGUUAGUGUCAUGACAAACCCGAGGGAAUACAAAAUUCCUGAUUGGUUCUUGAAUAGGCAGAAAGACAUCGUCGACGGCAGUUAUUCACAGGUGCUGAGUACCAAUCUCGAUAAUAAACUGCGAGAAGAUUUGGAGCGGUUGAAGAAGAUCCGUGCUCACAGAGGUCUUCGUCACUAUUGGGGACUACGCGUGAGAGGGCAGCAUACGAAGACAACAGGAAGAAAGGGCCGAACUGUGGGCGUAUCAAAGAAGAAAUAG